AUGCUGCAGGGUCGCACCCUAGCUGAGCUUGGUAGGAUUAGGGAACCCCGGGCAGAGCGAGCCGCUCAGGCUUGGGGGAGGAGCGCAGCAGGCGCGCGGUGGCUUCGAGAUGCGGAGGAGGCGGGGUCGCACCUCACAGCACGCAUUGAGAAGGGCACUAAGGCGGUGGAAGCUGCUGGCACCGACCUCAAGUACCUUUUCUCCAGGCAUGAAGUGAGUGUUGACAACCAAAAGCUGUUCUAUCACCAUGGUGUGACAACCCUCGAGAAGCUGUCGAACUUCGCAAAGGAUCGAGAGGAUUUGACUGCGGUUCUCAAGGAGCAUUGGGAGCUAGAUGCUGAGAGGUCCUUGGAUGAGAGAGUGCAGGUCUCAGCCAUCGUCUGUGCAUUCAGUAAUGCCAAGACAAGGAGUCAGAGAGCAGCAGAGGUUGACGCGGAGUACGACUCGCUUCAAUGGUCACGCCCAGUGGUGGCCGGGGAAUGGGCAGCGAUGAGGUCGGCGUUGGAGAAGAGGUACGGCCAUUUGGAAGACAAGAUCUACCCGGCCAAAGAAUACAUUGAAAAGAAGUUGGCAGAGGUCGAAAGCGGUGAAUACCGCGCGGAGGAGCUCACGGAGAUUGUGUCGAAAGAAGAAAGCGAGCCUGAGACUGUGGUGCCUAUUUGGGACUCCAAGGGCCGAUUGGCCAUGAAGAAGGGCUCGACGAAAGUCCAGGAACCGGCAAACGCCGAAGAACUUCGAAAAAGGUUGACAGUUUGGAAGAACGCAAUGGUCAUGAUAUCACUGAAGCACUCCAACAGGCAUGAGUUGCAAGGAGCAUGGGAAGAGACGGUUGAGCAGUACAAGGAUUACCUCCUUGGCGACUACGUGUAUGGUCUCAGUGCAAAGGAUGCUGAAGGACAGACUUUCGCUGCACCACCAUGGAAGCUGAUCAUUGCAUAUGAGAAAGCAGUCAGGAAGCAGGCAGUGAAGCUCACGAACACGGAAGGGAAGCCGCUCACAGUGGCGUUGAAGAUGGCAUGGAAAGACGCAACGGUCAAGGAGCGGAACUUUACAACACCCCUUGCCUUAUACGCAAAACGGCCAACGCCACCAUGGAGAGAGCAGCCAGAUGCAAAGAGGCUUGCACCACGGUUGGAUGUUCAGGUGGAGAUCACAGAGUUGGACAUCCAGGCUGAUCGAAGGUCAGACUUUACAAUUCCAGCUGUACAGAAGAAAUGGUUGCGGAUGAUUGCUCAAGGCAUCUUUUUCGCGGUCAUUGUUACACCGCCUUGUUCCACUUUUUCGCGGGCUGUUUGGGCGAAUGAUCUGGGUCCGUACCCGUUGAGGAGCUCUACACACCCACGGGGCUUUCCAUGGAACAAGGGCGACAGAUUUCACAAGGCUGAAUUCGGGACGAUUCUGGCUGAUUUUUCCUUUGAAGCUUUGAAGCGCCAAUUUGCAUGCAACAACAGGACGGGUCUGAUGGAGCAACCAGAGGACUUGGGGCGCACUACAUAUGACAGGGUGCAGGGCCACCAACCAGCGUCUAUGUGGCAGUUCCCUCAAUUUGAGCAGUUGAUGGCAAUGGAUGGAGUGCAGACCGUGGUGUUGGCACAACAGGAUUUUGGGGCCUCUUCAUUGAAGCCAACAAGAUUUCUGAUGAGGAUGUUUGCUCCUUUACACCCUGCAAUGUACGAGGGACGACCGCAGUUUGAUCAUGAAGGGUGGUAUGUUGGUCCACUUCCCCGCCGGUCAGGGGGCGCCCCCCUCAUCGGCAAGCGGCAUGGUGUGUUCAAGACAGCCCAGUCCGCAGCUUGGCCACCCGACCUUUGCAAGUGGACGGCUUCAGCUAUACUCACCUCCUUUCUUCAAGAGUGUUCUGGGGGGGGUGAGUUUUCGGUGUUUUCGAUGGAAGACUGCAAGAAGAGGAAGGCAGAGGAGGAAAGUGGCGCUUCGAGGAAGGUGCAGAAAAAGCCUUUGGAGGUUGCUGCAAAGGGGGUGGUGGACCCUAUGCAUCCGCCAUUCCCGGGAGGAGAAGGCCCCCCUCGUUCUUGCCUGUGGAAGGGUCUUGAGGCUUCGUUCCAUGAUGGAGGAGGUUUGGCGUCUCCAGGGAGGUGGCAUGAGAGGCGGAGGAGGAGGCCGGAAGGUGAGGUUUGGUCCUCACUUGGGCGCCAAUUGCUCCUGGAGGCUGUCAAGGUUUUGGGUAGUGUUGCGGCUGUUGAAAAGGAGGCUUUCAAGAUGGCGAGAGGAGGUGAUGGAUUCCAUUUGGUUCGUGAUGCUCACUUCUUGAGGAGGAUCAGGGGAGUGCUCAGUGAGAAGCUUGGCAUUGCAGACCAGGGUGAGCCAGAGCCGGGGCAGCCUUUCUUCUUGGACCUGUUGAAGGGGGUACUGGAGAAGGCAGGUGAUCCUGAUUGGAGGUUCCUUGAGCAGGCGAAGUCUGGGCUUCCAUUGGGGGUAUUGCAGGAGUUGCCCCGUACACCUGACAUCUUUGAGGAACAGGUGAAGUGGAGUUUGGAAGGUGAGGACUGGGGCGAGGCAGUUUGGCAGAAGAGCAACUACCUGUCGGCGGAAGAGCAUGAGAAAUAUCUAGUCGAGCACCUGGAACAGGAAGUUGCAGAGGGGCUCAUGGUCAAGAUGAUUGAGGAGGAGUUCAUCCAGCGUUUUGGUGAAAACCGUGCGGUGGCCGCCCUGGCGGUCUUGGUUGAAGACGAGCUUACGGGCAAGAAGCGCGUCAUUCACGAUGGGACGCAUGGUGUGAUGGUGAACCACAGGAUUCGGUGCAGGGACAAGGUGCGCAUGCCAGGGCCGAGGGAAAAGCGUGCACUGCUGGAGGAGUAUGAGGAGGAGCGAUUAGCGGUGCUGUCUUUGGUGGGGGACUUCGCAAAGGCCCAUCGGAGAUUCAAGUAUGCAGAAGAAGAGCAGGGGUUUCUGGCUUGCAAGGCGGCAACGGAGUCGGAGGUCGUGUACGUGAACCAGGUAGGCACUUUUGGGAUUGCCUCCACGCCAUACUGGUGGGCAAGGUUGAGUGCAGCGCUGAUGAGAGUUGUUUACUGGGUUCUGGGCGACGCCUUCCCGAAUGACAUGCUCUUGUAUGCCGAUGACCUUGAGGUCUUGACAAGGGGAGGCAUGGUCACGGAGUGGAUUGGCCUCACAACAGACUACAAGACCUAUUCCAUGGGCCUUUCGCAGAGGAGAGCUGGAUGGAUCAUUGAUUGGGUUGAUUCAUUGAGGCUGAGGAAAGAGGUUAGUGCCAGAGAGUUUGCAGCGGGCCUGGGGCGGCUGGGCUUCACCGCGUUGGCUCUGCCAUGGGAGAGGCCUCUACUAGGCCCCUUGUAUGCCUGGUCAGCAGCAAUUCAGUCCAACAAAGGGGCAUUGACGAUCCCGUGGUCGGUGCUCUUCAUUUUGAGUUGGAUUGCCAAGAGGUUGAGGUCUGGCGGAAGGCUCGAGCCGGUGAAGAGGCCAAAGUGCACUAGCGGAGCUCCUUUGAAGAUCUGGACCGACGCGAAGGCCACAGAUGAAGAGGCAUGGAUUGGCCAUUCCUACUGGGGUCCUGUUCAGUUCGGAAGUGUGCUCUUCCUGGCACAACGAAGUGGUGCGAAUGUUAGCGCUCCAUGGCUGUAUUACCGGGGCCGUAACCCAAAGAGGGUGAUUGCAGCUUUGGAGCUUCUUGCCACCCUGAUAGCCUUGAAGUUGUGGCUGAAGGAGGCUGGAAGCACAGCAGAGGUCCUAGCAGAGGCCUUCACUGACAAUAGGGGGAAUGCCUUCAUUCUGAAGAAAGGUUUGUCGACGAAGUAUCCCAUCACGCUCUUGGUGAUAGAAGUGGCUGAGACUUUGAGGAGGCUUGAUACCUUUGCCACGUUGACUUGGGUGAGCAGAGAUGGAAAUGUUCUCGCAGAUGCUUUGACGAAUGAGGAUUUCAGUUCCUUUGACCUUCGUAGGCGGGAACUCAUCGUGGAGGAGGAGCUGAAGUGGUAUGUCAUGGGCGACCUGCUUGAGAGUAGUGAAGUGUUGUUCAACGAGAUCAAGGAGCACAAGGAGAACAAGAAGAAGACGAAGGCAGUAGUCGGGCAGUCCAAGAGGAGGUCGAAGAAAUUCUUCGAGAGGUGGACAUCCUGA